CUAUACGGUGACAUCUCGUCUCGUGAGGGCAAAAUUUUCACUCACAGUCACAGUUUUUGUUAGAAUUUGUAACGAAUAGUUUACAAAUGAGUCUCAAGCCAAUUUAAAUACCCAGAAGACAUGGCUAACACAGGCCUAUUACCAUUUGUUCGUGGUGUGGACUUUAGUAAUAACGACUUCAGCGAUGACCAAUUCCCCGAUGCUAUUCGAUAUAUGACAGGGUUACAAUGGCUUAGACUUGAUAAAACCUGUUUGGCAGAAAUUCCUGAAGAAUUAGGCAAACUUAUGAAAUUGGAAAAUCUAAGCAUAAAGAAGAACAACCUAGAGAAGCUAUUUGGUGAGUUGACGGAGUUGAAAUGUCUGCGGUCACUGAACGUGCGGCACAACCGGGUGAAGAGCUCCGGCAUCCCGGCCGAGCUGUUCCACCUGGAGGAGCUGACCACGCUGGACCUGUCGCACAACCGGCUCAAGGAGGUGCCCGAGGGACUGGAGCGGGCCAAGUCCCUGCUCGUGCUCAACCUUAGCAAUAACAAAAUAGAGAGCAUACCACCAACGUUGUUUGUGCAACUGACGGACCUGUUGUUCCUGGACUUGUCGGGCAACAUGUUGGAGACGCUGCCCCCGCAGAUGCGGCGCCUAGUCAACCUCCAGACCCUCAUCCUGAAUGAUAACCCACUGGGGUUGUUCCAGUUGAGACAGCUGCCUUCUCUGCAGAGUCUCGAGACUCUUCACAUGCGCAACACUCAGCGGACCGUGGCGAAUCUGCCGACGUCGCUGGACACCCUGUGCAACCUGUCCGACGUGGAUCUGUCCAUGAAUGCGUUAACUAAGGUCCCCGACGCUCUCUACUCGUUGCAGAGCUUGAAGCGAUUGAAUUUGAGCGACAAUGAGAUUACUGAGAUUUCUUCUGUAAUGGACGUGUGGCAGAAGCUCGAGAGCCUAAACCUAUCACGGAACAAGCUGACGUCACUUCCUGCGUCCCUGUGCAAGCUCCAAAACCUGCGUCGUUUGCACGUGGAUGACAAUAACCUGGACUUUGAGGGCAUCCCGUCAGGGAUUGGCAAGCUGAGCAGUCUAGAGGUUUUCUCUGCGGCUAAUAAUGCCUUGGAGAUGAUACCGGAGGGGCUUUGCAGAUGCGGCUCGCUAAAGCGCCUAAACUUGAGUAGCAACAAGCUAAUAACUCUCCCGGAUGCCAUCCACCUCCUGAGCGACCUGGAGAGUCUCCAACUACACAACAACCCUGACCUGGUGAUGCCUCCGAAGCCAGUUGAGAGGACUCGAGGGUCUGGAGUCCAGUUCUACAAUAUAGACUUCUCGCUGCAAACUCAACUGCAAUUGGCUGGAGCGGUGACCAAUGAGAACGUUAAUCAGAGUAGUGUGAAGUCGGACCCUAUAGCUCGCAAGCUGCGCCUGCGCCGCGGCCGCCCGGAGCCCGAACAGAAGGACUCCGCCCUCAUUCUCAAAGGCAUGCAGGAGCAAGCCAACACCCAGCAUAGCGACGAGCUGCAAGACUGCCGGAACAGCGAGCUCAAACCCAAACGCUGGGACGAGAGUCUGGAGAAGCCGCCGCUGGACUACUCGGAGUUCUUCGACGAGGACACGGGGCAGGCGCCCGGCCUGCAGGUCUGGGAGAUCGAGAACUUCAUACCUGCGCCUGUUGAUGAGGUGGCCCACGGCAAGUUCUUCGAAGGCGACUGCUACAUCAUUCUGAAGACAUCGGUGGAAGAGCAGGGGCAGUUGACUUGGGACAUACACUUCUGGAUCGGGUCGAAGGCUACGCUGGACAAAGGCGCCUGCGCGGCCAUGCACGCAGUAAACCUGCGCAACUUGCUCGGCGCGAGACGCACACAGCGACACGAGCAGGGGGACGAAAGUGCGGACUUUCUGGCCCUGUUCCCGACGCCGCCCGUGUACCUGCAGGGCAGCCACACGCCGUCAGGGUUCUAUACUGUGGAUGAUCCGCACUACGUGACCCGCCUGUACCGAGUCCACGGCUCCGGCAACAGCAUCCAUCUGCAGCCUGUGGAGCCGCGCGCCUCCUCGCUGGACCCCCGCCACGUGUUCAUACUGGACACCGGGCUCGUCAUCUACUUGUGGAACGGCAAAAAAGCUAAGAACACGCUCAAAUCGAAAGCCCGCUUAUUCGCCGAGAAGAUCAACAAGGAGGAGCGCAAGAACAAGGGCGAGCUGGUGGCGGAACCCCACGGCAAGGAGCCCAGGAAGUUCUGGCAGACCUUAGAGUAUGAUGGGGAUACGCCCUUCGUGCCUACGGAGCACGUGCCCGAGGACUUCGCGAUAACCCCGCCGCGCCUCUACCGCGUGGAACUAGGGAUGGGGUACCUGGAGCUGCCGCAGCCCGAGGAGGCGCUCACCAGGGAUGUGCUUGCGUCCAGGAAUGUGUACAUACUUGAUGCGAAGAAUGACGUGUUUGUAUGGUUCGGCAAGAAGUCGUCCCGCCUGGUCCGAGCGGCCGCGGUGAAGCUGGCCCAGGAGUUGUUCAACAUGGUGCCGCGGCCGCCGCACGCGCUCGUCACGCGCCUGCAGGAGGGCACCGAGACGCAGGUGUUCAAGACAUACUUCCCCGGCUGGGAGGAGGUGAUCGCGGUGGACUUCACGCGAACAGCCGAGUCCGUGGCGCGCACCGGCGCCGACCUCGCCGGCUGGGCCAGGCAGCAGGAGACCAAAGCGGACCUAUCAGCCCUGUUCACCCCACGGCAGCCGCCAGUCAGCCUGGCCGAGGCCACAGCUCUAGCCGAAGCGUGGAACGGGUCCCUGGAAGCUAUGGAGGCAUUCGUUCUGGAGGGCCGGACAUUCACACGUUUACCUGAGAAGGAGCUAGGAGUGUUCCACUCGAAGGAUUGUUAUGUGCUGUUGUGCCGCUAUACUAAUACUAAUCAGGACGACGAGGAAGAGGAGACAGACGCCGAGGACUCGGACGCCGACGCCGCCAACUGGGUCGUCUACUUCUGGCAAGGUCGCCUGGCCCCCAACAUGGGUUGGCUAACCUUCACGUUCGGUCUAGAGCGCAAGUUCAAGCAGCUGUGCCGGCGCCUGGAGGUGGUCCGCACGCACCAGCAGCAGGAGGGGCUCAAGCUGCUCGCGCACUUCCACCAGCAGAUCCUCGUGCGGGGCGGCGCGCGCGCAGCCAAGCCGGAGGGCAAGCCGCAAGUGGAGCUGUUCGAGCUGCGCAGCAACGGGUCGCCGCUGUGCACGCGCCUCGUGCAGGUCAAGGCCGACGCCUCGCAGCUUAACAGCGCCUUCUGUUACAUCCUCUACGUGCCUCUAGAGAGCGCCGGCUCGGAACAAGAGUCCGCCAUCGUGUACGUGUGGGUCGGCGGCAAGGCGGACGCGGAGAGCGCGCGCCUCAUCGAGCAGCUCGCCGAGAAGUACUUCAACAACCCGUGGACCAGUCUGCAGGUGAUAAACGAGGGCAGCGAGCCGGACAACUUCUUCUGGGUGGCGCUCGGCGGCCGGAAGCCCUACGACACCGACGCAGACUUCCUCAACUACACCAGACUGUUCCGCUGCUCCAAUGAGAAGGGAUACUUUACUGUUUCGGAGAAAUGCACCGAUUUCUGUCAGGACGACCUCGCGGACGACGACAUAAUGAUCCUGGACAACGGCGAGCAGGUGUUCCUGUGGCUCGGCGCCAAGUGCUCCGAGGUCGAGAUCAAGCUCGCCUACAAGUCUGCGCAGGUAUACAUCCAGCACAUGAAGACCGUCCAGCCCGAGCGGCCGCGCAAGCUGUUCCUCACGCUCAAGAACAAGGAGUCCAAGCGAUUCACCAAGUGCUUCCACGGCUGGGGCGAGCACAAGCGGCCCCCCGAGUAAUGGAGACAGUAGCGGAGCUUGGAAUAAUCAUUGCGGUUGCAUUCCGAACAUGCUACCGUGGCGCGUAGGAACUGUUUGUCUACUGUUUGGUGCUUACUUAUAAUCUACUAAAGUAAAAUGCAGUGAUUUGAGAGCUGAUCACACAGAUACGAGUACACUGCGUCAAACUUAUUACAGGCUUUUUUUUAAUAGACGGUCCCAGCCUUGACGUGUUUUGCCAUUAAAAAUAUUUAGCGACGAGAGCAUGUUUGGGAUAUGACCUGUUUUUAGUUAUUUUAGAUGUUGGCGCUAUGUGUGUGCAUUGGAGAAUUUCAUGUAGUUUUAAAUGUUUCGAAUUUCUAGAUGAAAGGCGAUUUGGUGACCCAAUACAAUAACACACAAGCUGGAAAUUAAUGCCUGUUACCUAAAGAAAUGUAAAUAAUAUUAUGUUUUGUACCUGGAAUAAUUUAUGAGAUCCACUUAAUUAUCAGUUCAAGUUCUAAUACACAAAUAAACUAAUUAUUUAAAUUUUAACAUAAUUAGCAAAUACUUAAUUGAAAUCUAAUUCUAAUAUCCUAAUGACUGCAGAUCAUUUCAUAUUAAUUAAUUAGAUUUUGCUACCAACAUUGUCCAUUUAUUUGUAAUAUUACCAUAAAUAUGUAUGUAUAGUGUAACUUUUAUUGCCUUGGCUGCCAUAAUGGACCACCUUUUACAGUUGUUUUGAUUUUUAUGCCUAUUGUAUACAAUAAUAAAAUUGUCCAUAAAGGGCUUCCUGAAGCUAAAAGGAUCGGAUGAUCUAUAGGAAAGAAAAGACUGAUUCACACCAUUUUCAAGUCAUUUAUUUGUGUUUUCUCAUCUUUACAUUUAAAAUAUUAAGCACAAGUGAUGAGAAGUAUUCUAUGAGAUAAUGGUUUGACUAGCACAGUAGUGGGGUUUGCAUUUUAUUAUGUUACAGUAAUUUCUGCAUUUUUAUUAUCAUUUAUCAAAAAAAGCUUUGUAACCAUCAAUUGUAUUAUUAUGUAAAUUAUACCAUGUAAAUAUGGAUUGAAUUAAAACUUAAAUAACAUAUUAGGUACAUACACAUUAUGUAAAGAAGUAUUUACUAUCUGCCUUGUAAUGUCCGAAGAUUUUAACUAAUUUAUUGUAAGCACAAAACUUUUAAUAUAUUUUGAGUUUUAACAUUCUUAUAAAUUAUUGUAAACAUUAAAAAUAAUAUAACUUA